AUGCUGCCGCUAUUGUUUGCCUUGCUUAUGAUUCCUUGCCUAAGGGCUUCUUUCUGUGGUCCGGCUGCUGUUCCCUUUAGUUUUGAAGCCCUUCCAGACGGACAGCCGGUAUUAGGUUGUGCUCGGCCAACUUGUUUUGGUUGGGAUGCCCAUGGGAAACCAGCUGGAUCUCCGUCUUUGUUCUACCGAGUGAACAAAAAGCCUGAUGGAUACUUCAGAAAGAACGCCGACAUCCAAGUCAAGAACCUCAACGAGAACGAGGCUCAAUUCUUCCAGGCACAGACUUCUGUAAGCACGGAUAAUAUAAUUUUUACCAGCGUUGUUGUCAUCAACUCAUUUUUAUUUUUUAGACUUGUGCUGCCACUUUUGACUCUGAUCAAUGUGCCUCGGAAACACAAUGGGUUGGUGGUAUUGGCCCUCUCUCAAAUGUGACUGGACUUCCGUGAGUUGUGUAUUCUCACCUCACUAGUUCCAUUUUUCAGAUUGGCUCUGCAGUGUUGUGACUAUGAUCCUCUUCUCCUGUCUCAGGACCGUGGAAUUGCCGCUGUUAAGCCCGGUCAGAUUGUGAUUGGUGGCGAGAUCGUUACUGGAGAACGGCAAUAUGCUUUUGAUUACAUUAGUGAUGUUGUGAAGAAGAUCGGAGACAACGGAAACGUCUCCUACGAUGUCUACGUCCGUCGUCUGCCAUGUCUCCCUCAACCCGGGGAGAUUACGGUAACCGUCGAGAGAUCUGUUUAUUCCGAAAUUGGAAAUAGAUUUGCGAAGAAGUCCAAGUUUGAGCAGAAGGGAAGCAAGGCCUUCCAAGCGCCGCUUCAGGAGUUUGGAGAGAACAGCAACAUCGCCUUGGAAUCGUUGAACACUAACUCUGUGGGAGGAGGACGUGCUGUGGUGGACAACCAAGAAGUUCAAUCGACUGGUCAAGUCAUAUCUCAGUCCGAAAGAGUUGUUCUUGAACCAACUGGUCAAGAAACUGUCCAAGUGGUCCAAGGCCCCGCUCCAAAUUCUGUUGGAGGUGGAGAAACGGUUGUCCAAGGACCCUUUGUUGCCGACGGAGAAGCUGUUGAAGUUGUCGACGCUAUUCAAGGUCUCGAACUGCCUGAGGGCCAAGUCCCCGCUGGUCUUGUAGAACAACCGGCAGCUGUCGCCCCUGCUUAUGGAGGAGGUUAUGGUGGAGGAUACGGGGCUGGAGGAGGAGGAGGCGGCUCCACUUUUUGCUUCUCUGCUGAUACUCUUGUCACCAUGGCCGAUGGAUCUCAGAAGAGGAUGGACGAACUUGAAAUCAAUGAUUGGGUACUCUCGGCCAACAGAACCCACGCCGUCUACACUCCUGUGGAAUCGUGGGUGCACAGGAUGUCGAAACAAGAGGCUGAGUUCUUGCACAUACAUCUUGAAGACGGCAAAGAUCUCAAAAUCACAGACAAACACUUCAUCUACAAAUCCAAAUGCGACAAGAAGACGGCUCUGAGGUUCUACGAAGUCAACAAUAAGCCCGUUUACGCCGAAAAGGUUCAAGUUGGAGACUGUCUUUAUGUCUUCAAAGGGGUAAGUUGUCAUGCAGCAUGCUUUAAGUCAUUUUCUAUCCGUAAUGGAAAUUUCGGGAAUCACCAACUACUUUUUUAGGAUUCGUUUGUGCAAAGAAGAGUCAGCAAAAUCACAAAGAUCACAGAAACCGGAAUAUACGCACCUAUGACAACGACUGGAGAUAUUGUAGUCAAUGGAAUAUUCGCUUCCUGCUACAGCAUCAUCAACUCCUCCGUGAUGCAGAAGACGUUCUUCGAUUCAUUCAAGGGUUGGCCUAGCUUGAUGAGCGACCAGAACGAAGUUGAUCUCCCCAUUCUGACCCAUAUUGCUGUCCAACUCAUGGAAUACGUUCUUCCAAAAACUUUGCUCUAA